AUGGCUGUGAUGUGCCUGGGGCAUCUGGCCUAUGGAACAUGUACCAGGGACACGCUGCGCGCAAGUGCAGAGGCAGGCGCAGAUGACAGGCAGAGAUUGGGCCCGAACAGGAAUCGAAAAAGCCCAAGGACACCGCCGGGGCUUCCACACAACGGAUCAACGAUGGUCAAAGGACCCCGGCCGACCUUGCGUCGAAGCACCGGCGAGCAUCGCAGUGAAUGUGCAUUAAACCCAGGAAUACGACACGCCUUCGAGAUUAGCCUCAAGAUCCCCCAGCACUAUGCUUCCGAAGCGCCCUCUCCUGCCAAAUAUGGGCAUACUGCUGCUCGCUUCGCACCCGAAAAGGCAAGGCCAGUGCCUGUUCGAGCACGGUGGCGUCGCAACGUUAUGGAAGAACUGGCCGACGAUCCCUCCUCAAAUGCCCCACGAUCGAUGGCCCUUUCUCCCGUGCCCUCUUCACGCGUGCCGUCCACACCGUCUUCCCCGACGAUGGACGCGUUCAAGCAGGGCCCGCGUCGCUCGUCCACCUUCACUAUCGAAGAGUUCAGCGACCUCUGCAGCUCCGCCCUCGACCUCGGCACCAUCCCCGAGCCACACCUCUCGUUUCUUGCAAACCUGCCGCUCUCCGAGGAAAAUAUAAACAUCGAUAAUUGCGACUCGCCAUCGUCGCCGACUGUCUCUUCUGAAUUUUACUCACUUGAAGAUGUAGAUGCUGAGCCCGAUGACGUGGACAUGGGCGACUUUACCUGCGCGGCUAACUCGAGUGAGGACGUGCUCGGGACCAAGUUUCGCCAACGCGAGAGGAUGCAGCAGCGCGACAGGACGGUCACGCAAGAUACUGUUACGGCGCAGAGUGUGUCUGCGGCGCCGUAUGCCACGUCCGAGUGUCUGCAUGGCGGCAGCAGCCUCGCUCCAAGUAGCAAGGGCAAUUUUUUCAAGAACCUCAAGACAAGGGCUUCCGCGCUUAUGCUGUCGAAAAUCUCGUCCUCCCACAGCCAACAGGCGCAGCCCAGCGUGGCUCUUGCUAAUAGCGAGAGUCCGCCGUCUGUAUACUCGCAACCGUCUCCGCCUCCGUCAAGCCCCAGGUCACCGACUCGUCCACCACCAUCCUCUUUCCACCGACCGAGGGAACGCACGAUUUCCAACGGUCCCAAGUCGUUCCUUGACAUAAACGACGACGCCGAAGACCAAACAUCCCACCCCCGACCUUCGUUUUCUUCUUCGAUAUUCCGCAGACCUCUAACAGGAAGGCCUGCUACGCCUAUCCCCUCAUCCUCAUCUACAGCUACCCACACCGCUGCUAAUAGCUUGAAUACGACUCCCGGACGGAAAGUCUCACCGGAGAGCGGAUACUAUUCUUUCCCGGACACCCAUUCCUACCACAGGAGCGUCACCGGCACCAUACCUACGAUCUCGCACUCGGCUGCGAGCUCGCCGAACAGGUCCAGUCCUAGGCGGACUACGCAUCCUAACGGUCUGCGUGGGCUGUUCACGUCCAAGUCGACUAAUUUCCCGAGGCCGAGUAAGCCGCUCGACCCUGCGGACUAUGCGGCUCCACUUUUGAGGCUGAACUCGGAUAGUUCGGGCGUGAGCACGUAUACAGCUCCCAGGCCUGCUCCGAAGCCUGCUCCUAGCUCGUAUGUGGAUCCGUAUGGGCGAAGGCCGAGUGCGCCGGAAGACUAUGCGUACGCUCGCGCCAAGGAGAAAGAGGCCAUGAAGGCGCUACCGCCAGUUCCGACCCGUUCUCGUGUUAACAGUCAGGCGUCUUAUCUUCAUCCUCUCGCAGUCGCGUCGUACAAGUCAAAGUCGAGAUCGAGGUCCAAGCUCACUGCUGCGCUUCCUGGGGCUCUGCACAUCCAGAUCCCUAGGGCCAGGACCAAGAGCAACAAGUCCACCAAGGCGAUGAAUGUCCGGAAUGCGAACGCAUCGUCGAGCACGGGGAGCAGCGGUCCGUCGACUCCCGUCGUUGAUAUCAGGAGGCAGGAGUCUGGCUUGCCGUUCUUCCACCUUACUGUGGCUGGUACCGCAUCAGUGCCACCAGUUCCUCCGUUGCCCUCGCCUGGCCUGACGAAAGUCAUGGAGCUUGAGAAAAAGAAGAGGAGUCGGACGAGGAGUGCUAGUGUCACCAGUCAGAUCAGCGACGUACUGUCUGCUGGCCUGGCGGGUCUCGGCGUCGGCACACGGGCCCGAUCCAAGUCGAAGGAAAGCGUCAUGCCCACUAGUGAGGAAAGCGCGAAAGGAGAAGAGAAGACGAAGGAGGAGGCUUUGAACGUCGGGAGGGUUUUGACGCCCGAGGACGACCCUUUCAAAAAGGGGAAUAUCGUCGAGGUUCGAGGCAAGAAGGGCAGCGGGUACUCGACGCUUAGUGGGAGCGGGAGCGAGGAAGAUGGGAAGUGGGUGGUGCCGCCCAGGAUGAGGGGCCUCGGGCUGGACAUGAGCGCCGUGAUGGGCCAGCAGCCGCACCCAUACGCGAGUGUUGCGCACCGGCAGACGGUGUCCCCUGUUUCGCCUGCGACGCUGUCGCCGCUGUGGGGUGCUGCGACGCCGCCGAUGCACCCUCCGCCGACGUGUCCGCUGCCUGAGGUUCCGCAUCUGCCAGGGCUGCCGACGCCGCCUAGUUCUAGUACGCUCCCGCCGUUGUCCGCGUUCGGUGCUGAAGGGCGCGAGCGGGCGUUUGUGUACCCGCCGCCCGUGGCGCUGGGCCCUCUGCCCCCUCCUCCGAGUGUUGACCAGCGUGCGCUGUUGCCGACUCCGCCUAUGACUGACGCCAUCAGUGGUAGGAGGCAGUCGUUCAUUGAUAUGGAUGGUGCGGAGGGGAAGGUGGAGGCGCCCGUGCGGAAGGUCAGACAUGUGCCUACUUUGGAGGAGGUGCGUGAUCGGACUAGGACGAGGAGUGGUAGCCCGUUCCCGCUGCCUCUGGGGCCUGCGGCUUCUGCUGGCACCUUCGGAGACUGUGAGAGGGAGGAAGAAGAUGUCGUGGUUGAGGAGGGGCAGUCGAGGAUUGUGUUCACGAAUCCCUGGGCUAACGGCGCGCAGACGGGGGAGGGUGAGGUGAGCCUCAGUCAGGGGAGCGAGAGGGACUCGGCUGUUGAUGUGGAGUGUGAGUGGCCGUUGCCGCCCAGGAGGGUGGUUAGGGUUUUGGUGGAUGAGGAAGAUGGGGGGAAGGAGGGGGUGAUUGGAGGUGGGUGGCACGAGGUUGAACAGGGCGUCGAGUUUUUCCCGAGGAAGUCGUCCCCGGAUCCGACGACGCCGGGUCAGCAGGAUAUUGGGUGUCGGCAUUUGAUCAUGUUUCCCAAGAAGGGAAGCUUGAUUUCGGAGGCGUCGACUGCUACGAGCUUUACGCACGGGUCGAAUGGUACGGGUUUCACGCAUGGGUCGAUUGCUACGAGCUACACCGAUGGGUCGAAUCCUGGAUGUGGCGGGACUGCUGCUGAUGCAUUGGUGGUUGCGCCUGCUAUGGUCCGGAGAGGGAGCCAGAGGAUCGUCGUUGUUACUGAUGGCGAUACCAGGGGCUGGUCGAGUCAUGGUCGCGGGGGAGAUGACAAGAGUCCCUUGGCUUCCGUCAGUCCUACCACUCGGCAGUUGAGCGGACAGCAGGCUCGGGCUAUUGUGGAGAAGUUCGGAGGAAGGAUGGCAAGUGAGAAGGACGAGCAGCCUAGACGAUCGGAGGAUUCGAGCUGCAGCGCAUAUCAUAGCGCGAGGUCUUCGUGCACGGGAAGUCUUCCUGGGUCGCCGGUGAAGCGUCGGCCGGCUACGGAGAAGGUCGUCCGGAUCGCUGACGCUCGGUUUCUCGACCACGAGGAAACGACUGCACUCUUUGGACAACGAGCAAUGAGACUCCGGUUGGUCGCUGCUGCUGGGUGGAGAGAAUUGAUGGGAUUCUGCGAGGCCUUUGCGGAGGUCCGGGUGGGCGCGAAGGUGGGACAGAGCCUUUUUGUGUCUCUUGUGGAGGAGCAAGCUGGGAUGUCGAUGGUCCUGGAGGUGUCGCCCGCCCGCUCUUUUCCCUCUCCGGUUUCUCCUGCCAGCCCGAAGAUGCCUGGCCAUUGGCGGCUGUCGAAUCCUACCUUGAGGCAUGAAGAGCUCGUUGUGUCGACGUUCCACUUGCCUUGUCCGACUACGCUUGGAGAGAUUGGGAGAAGUUGUAGAAGGGGUUUCGUUGGUGAGGGAGUCGAAAGUGAUUUCUAG